CCAGGCCGGGUGCAGCCAGCAUGUGAAGGACCGUCCAGUGUGCUCACCAAGCAGUGAGAGUGAGUGUGUCUGAAGAGUGAGCAACAAUUUCUGUGAGGCGAGGCGCAACCCGCUGACAGAGGGGUUCCUAUAUCACUACUGGAGGAACAUUUAUGUAUUGACGAGGACUGGAAUCAUACGAAAUGGGUGUUGAACGCCGGAAUACUGUUUGAACGAGUAAAUUGAGGCGGUGUUAGUUACUUGAAAAAGACAAGCCUGCUUGACCAAACUUUCAAGUCCUGUCAACGCAAUGACCUCCCGUGACCAAGAAUGGCGCUCUAGAACAGCACAGCUGAGCUGGGGGUCCAGCAGCCCCCUGCAGGGAGCGUGCUGGGGUAAUCUCGAUAAUAGGCCUGACGAAGAGGGUCUGAGAGAGGCCUGUGGGGUGUUUGGCUGUGUUGUAGCCAAGGACGCAGCCCAUGACACUAUUAAUGUCGCCCACGUCAUCUACCUAGGCCUAGUGGCUCUACAACACAGAGGUCAGGAGAGCGCUGGUAUUGUCACCAGCGAGGGUCGGGGAACAGCACAGUUACAUUACCACAAGGGCGAUGGCCUAGUCGCCACUGUCUUCACUGACGACAAACUUAACAAAUUAAAAGGUAAUGUGGGUAUAGGACAUUCGCGUUACUCCACAGCAGGAGGGCGUGACCCUACAAACACGCAGCCCUUCAUGGUACAUACUCGCCAUGGCCCUCUCGCCACUGCUCAUAAUGGUGAACUCAUCAAUGCUGUUGCCCUGCGUAAGACAGUUCUUGACAGAGGUGUGGGUCUAUCAACACAGUCUGACUCAGAGUUGAUUACACAGAUGUUGUCACAGAUACCUCCCAGAGGUGAGAAAGCUGGUCCUGACUGGGGUGCUAGGAUACGGCACCUGAUGGAAGCCACCCCCACUGCGUACUCUCUGGUGUUACUGCAUGAGGACAAGAUAUAUGGUGUGAGGGACCCUUUUGGCAAUCGGCCCCUCUGUAUAGGCAGGCUCAUGCCAAUAAAGACGGCUUAUGGUACUGAUGGAAUGGAUUCCCCUAAACCUCUAGGCUGGGUUCUUAGUUCAGAGUCUUGUGCCUUCCAGUCCGUGGGUGGCACUCUGAUGCGAGAGGUUUACCCUGGUGAGAUUGUGGAGCUGGGCCCAGAAGGCGUGCGAUCGCUGGAUAUUGUGCCCCGGCCAAAGCCUGCCAAGCCAUUUAGUGAGGCACAUGAAGACCCUAACCACACUGAUCAUGCUGACAUCCUCCAUUCCCCACCACCUGCCUUCUGCAUUUUUGAAUAUGUUUACUUUGCUCGGGCAGAUUCAGUAUAUGAAGGUCAACAAGUAUAUAGUGUGCGACAAAGGUGUGGGCGGCAGCUAGCCAUCGAGUCUCCUGUAGAAGCUGACAUAAUUUCCACAGUUCCUGAGUCAGCCACACCUGCAGCCAUGGGAUUCUCUCUCCAGUCUGGUAUCCCAUACGUGGAAGUGUUGUGCAAGAAUCGUUAUGUGGGACGUAGCUUUAUUCAGCCUGAUACACGUUCCAGGCAGCUUGCUGUUGCUAAGAAGUUUGGUGCUUUGACAGAAAAUCUUGCAGGUCGUAGAGUUGUGUUAGUGGAUGACUCCAUUGUGAGGGGUACUACUGUAGGGCCCAUUAUCAGACUUCUUCGGCAGGCUGGAGCUCGGGAGGUCCACAUUCGUAUUGCUUCGCCACCUAUUCACCAUCCUUGUUACAUGGGCAUCAACAUUCCAACACGAGGAGAACUCAUUGCAAACAAGAAGCCCCCAGAAGAACUUGCAAAAUUUGUUGGAGCAGAUAGCUUGGCAUACCUAAGUAUUGAUGGUCUGGUGAAGGCAGUGAAGGACGGUGUGGUUAGUAAAACGUGUACACCAUCAGGCCAUUGUACCGCUUGUCUUGAUGGAAAGUAUCCUGUGCACCUUGAAUGGUAGCACCAAUCAUGGGCGUAAAUUUAUAAUAUAUGUUUGUUACUGCUGAUGACUUUUAACUAGCUGUAGAAUUGAUUUUUUUAAUGAAAGUUCUGUUUUUCUGCUAACUUUAUGUAUUUUGUAUAUAAUUGAUGGAUAUCAAAUAGUAGGUACAUGAAUUUCCAAUUUUAUAUUGUCCUUAGUUCAUGACAUACAUAAUAUCUGCCUCUAAACGAGUGUUAUAUAUGAGCACAUUCUUGAAUGUGUACUUAAGCAGGAUGAACUUAACAAUUUUUCACCAUAGUUUACUAUGUUUUGGGCCAUCUAGACCAUUGUCAAGUCAUUGCAGAGUGAGAAACAUCAGAGAUCAGAAGAUGGACUGGGGAAAUGGAGGGAAAAGGAGUGGGAGAAGCAUUUCUAGAGGAGGAAGAGUAGGAAGUGGCAGCAGCAUGUAGUAGCAAUGUUGGUAAUACGUAAUGGUACAUAAGAAUAAAAGAAGAGAGUAGCACUGCAGUAGGACUACUGGCUCUGCUAGGAAAGAAAAAGGUGAAAGACAAAGGAAGAACGUAAGACAGGUCAAGAGAAAAGGUGAACUAUUCCAGCCACGUUACCAUGACAUUUAUUUGUUAUCUCUGUUAGUAUUUUACCAUUAUGAGGUUCAAUUUAAGCCAGAAUUUCAUACUAUUGCAAAAUUUAACUGUGUUUUUUUCUGUUAAGAUUAAGUUUAUUCCUAACUACAGAAUUACGAAGUUAGAAAAUGGUGUGACAGCAUGAAAGCAGAAAUUUAAUGGAAUAAGAUUAGUUAAGAAGGGUGUAUACAUUUGGGAGUGUCCAAGGGAAGAGUUAAAGCGUUAUUGAGACUGUAUUCUACUUGGAGCAAACUGCCUUCAGCAAUAAGUUAUAUGAUGUAUCCUGGGUCCUCUCGUUUUACAAGAGAUCCAAACCCACAGGUAAAUAUCCUGCAAUUAGUGAGGGUUUACUGUAUUUAAAAUAAACUUACUCACUGUCACUAACCUUGAAUCUCAGUCACCUUGAUUCUCACUCACCUUCACUCAAAAGCAACUAGGAAUAUCCCAGGUUACCCAGUAGUAGGACUAAGAAUAACAGUUGGCUCAAUAAACCAUUUUACUUAAUAGGUCAUAUAUAAGUAAAUAAAUAUUGUUUUGUGAAAAAAUUUAAAUCUGUACUCUCCAGGAAAUCAGUUGCAUUACAACAAUAAUAGUUACACAGAAAACAAAAAAAUUAUUCUUUAGAUUAGUGCUGUCUUGAUCCUGUGUAUGUUACAGUACCUAUAACAUCACUGGCAGUGUCAAUCAAGUUUACAGCAGAUGUACUAUCAGUCUAGGUAAUUUCACUCCUGGCAUUUAAACUCCUAGUAAUUUUACUUCCUAUAUAAAGCAGUUGAAUUCGAAUAGUUUUGAAAUCUAUCCUAAAAUGACUUAAGCCAAUCUAACGUAAUGUAACUCAACCUAAGUAUAUAUGAUAGUUUUAAUGCUUUAAAAAAUAGUUCAAAUAAAAUGUUAUAAAUUUUUAUGUUUUAAAGUGAUUAAAAUAAAUAUUUCAUGUUUUUAAGACUUUCAUGUAGGGAAUGAAAUUACCGAGAACAGAGUAGACCAAGAGUCAAGUGGCACCUAGCUGUUAGACUCAGUGCUAGUAUUUUGAAACAAGUCUCCAAGUUCUUUAUUCACUUUUCUCACUUGGUACACUACACUAAUAUAUGCAAGGUGGUAUAUACAGUUAGUUUUUGCAUCUGCUAUAGACUUGUGGAUGGAGGGGGAGAGAAAAUUUCAGACCUUUAUUCUAAAACCUGCAUUACCCACAGUCAUUUAAAACAAUACUGUAACUUGAUAAAAAUAUAUUUUAGUGUUAAAUUAUAAAAUUAAGAAAUUCACAAAAUAUUGGUAUAAAAAGGAAAAUAAUUAAAUAAGCAGGGAAGCCAUGGUUACCAAUCUUGGUGUUAUGAUAUGAAUAAAACCCUUCCUGACUACAAGGAGAGAACAGCCAACAUAUUUAAUCACACAAUAGGCAAGCCAUAAAAGUUACAGGCCAGUGUGGUCUCCACUGGACUAUACCAGCCUAAUAAGAUAUAUCCAACUAUAUUCUAUGGACCAGUGGAUAGCACAUUGGCCUGUGAGUUUUACAACUCUCUUGUCAUAGGCUUGAGCCCCACCCAUUUUGCAAUUUGUUUGGAAUCGCGUUUAUACGAUUUUGCGAGUCGCAGCCAGCAUACUUGCAUUUGUCAGUAGGAAAGUGCAUACUGUUAUGCAUCUGAGCUGGUUGCUUGUGAUAGUCCAUGGACAGAUAUAUUAUCUGGAUGAUCAAAUGUAGUGUUGAGGAUAUGUGCUCUGUACCAAAAUAUUUGUGUAUAAAUGCAUGAAACAGUUUGCAGUAGUAUAUCCUCAACAUGCCAAACCCAUGUGGUAAGCAGUUCACAAACUACAGAUAGUAUAUUAGGUACUGUUUGCUGCAUAUAAUCAAACAAUGAUAGUCACUCAUUGUAAAUAAAAACACAAUGUAAUACUGAAGAUGAGAUAGUUUUAAAAUUACUGUACCAUCUCAGUCUUAAAAUUUAUACUAAAAAUAAAAUGGUAUAAUGAAAAUCCCACUGUAAAAACAGUUAAAUAAUUUUAUAAUUUUUUUUUCUUCAACAAGUUGGCUUUCUCCCACCGAUAUACAUGUAUAUAUAUGUAUGUAUGUAUGUAUGUAUAUAUAUAUAUAUAUAUAUAAUAUAUAUAUACACACCUACCUACCAUCCGACUUACGACCGAGUUCGGUUCCGAGAAACCGGUCGUAAGUCGAACUUUACUACUGAAUAUCAACAAAACAUUUUUGUAAUGACUUUAUUUUAUUGUUUUAUUUUGGUAUUUCAUGUUUUACUUUACUUUUUAUGCUGUUAGUACUGUAUUUUAUACUGUAAGGUUUAGGAUAAACACUGUGUACAACACAAAUAGUUGUUUAUUUCCCAGAAAUUUGGCAUAAAAAACACGGUUGUAAGUCGGAUGGUAGGUGUGUGUAUAUAUAUAUAUAUAUAGCUGGACUUGAGUACUGCAAAUGGGAAGUACAAUGACUGCACUUUAAAGGAGGGGUUUGGGAUAUUGGCAGCUUGGAGGGAUAUGUUGUGUAUCUUUAUAUGUACAGUAUAUGCUUCUAAACUGUUGUGUUCUGGGCACCUCUACAAAAACAGUGAUUAUGUAUGAGUGAGGUGAAAGUGUUGAAUGAUGAUGAAAGUAUUUUCUUUUUGGGUCACCCUGCCUCGGUGGGAAACGGCUGACUUGUUAUCACAAAGAUACAGCAGAAAGUAAAACAACAUAGGUAACUCAGAGGUACAUCUCGAAUACUUCGUCCAGCUCCCCGGCGGUGGGCAGUGCUGUAUAGCCCUUGUGGCUUAGCGCUUCUUUUUGAUUAUAAUAAUAAUCCCCAGCAGUGGGCUGCGUGCCCAGAAUGCUGCAGGCAUUUCCUCUCUGGAUUGCAACACUGAGUCUCUGAAAGAGGAAGCUGGUUGCCCUGUGGUCCUUGGUUUCUAUGAUGAGCUUUUCACCCAGCUCUUUGAGGAACUUUAGAGCACACUUGCCCCAUGCUCCAAGGGUCUCCGACCCUAUUGGGAUGAAGUUAUAGCAAGGGGGAAGGUCUUCAUAUUUGCGGAUCUUCUGGGUCUCCCUGUGGCUGGCCGCUUCACCCAUAGGCAUAUGCAUGCAUGCAUGCAUGCAUGCAUGCAUGCAUGCACGCGCGCAAUAAGAUCACAGUAAACAGGUGAUUUCAGAAUAUGCAAAACAACCACUGUGAAAGAAUAAUGAAAUUCCAAGCGCUUUCAUAACUACUCACAUUAUCAUUAUAUACACACACAUACAUACAGUACACUACAUUAGUUUUGUAUAAAAAAAAUCAACAUUCCAGCUUGAUUGUAUUUCCCUGUAAAGUUGUUUGCACACAAACUUUCCAGAAUAUAGUCAAGACAGGUAAGUAAAGCACACAGUGAUACUUCUGUCAUGCUUAUUUUUAAGUUGAUCAAAUAAGCAAACUGCCUCAAAAAUAAUUCUUCCAAAUGUCUCAUGUUUUGCUAGGUAUGUUUAGUGAAUUAACAUGAUGGAGCAUACAUGUUUUGAAUUUUGAACUAAAAUUAAUUUACCAACUUUGUCUAAGCUUGGUGAAAUUAAUGUAAUUUAGCAUAAGCAAACCAAACCUAUCUUAGGUCAACCUAAAUUUAAUAUUUUCUUAUAUACGUCAAUGAAUGCAUUAAUUUUGUGAUGCUCAGAAAGAUUUUUGAGGAGUCACACUUAAAUGUACACUUGGCUGUUUGGAAAAAUGAUCAUCGCUUUAUAAGCUAAGAGCACUCAUUUGCGGCAUCGAUACCCUUACUGUUCCAACAGUUCAUAAAUUUUAAUCCACUUGUGCAAGUUUUGUCCAAGUACUGUAUUUUUAAUGAAACCAACACCACUACUUUUUAUAAACUACCAAUAUAACAAGUUUGUUCACUAAAAUAUUGUACAGUAACUAGAUAUUAUGUGUAUCUUAAAACAAAAAUUAAUUGCCCAAAAUGCUGUGCAUAUUAUGGGCUUCACAGGACAUACCUUCAUCCAAUCUAAGGUUUAAAUUCACAUUACACGUAAUCUAUUCUUUGAGGAAUAAAAUUGUUAAACUACUGCUAUUAAUAUCAACUAAUGUGCAAUUAUUUGGAGUCGUCUGACUAAACAGUGCACCGAGUUGGCGGCGUUCUGAAGCUUCUCGUUAAUAUUAUUAUUAUUAUUAUAAUAAUUAUUAUUAUUAAUUUAGGGAACUGAAGCUUGCUUAUUAUUAUUAUUGCUACAAUGGACCCUUGGUUUUCAUGUUUAAUCCGUUCCAGAGAGACCGGCGAAAACUGAAGCCAUUUUCCCCAUAAGAAAUAAUGUAAAUCCAAUUAAUCCAUUCCAGGCACCCAGAAAUAUUAACCAAAAAAUUUUUUACCUGUAAGAUAGAUUUACAUGCACAAAAGAAUGAACAUUCAACAUGACACUUACUGUUAUUGAAGACUGUUGUUGGUGGAUGGAAGACAGGGAGGAGGGGAGAGGGAAGAGAGGUUAUUCUUUGGAAGGGGAAUCCCCCUCCAUAAGGACUCGAGGUACCAAGUCCUUAUCCGGGGUCACUUCCCUUCUUUGUUUUUUAAUGCCAUUAGGACCAGCUUGAGAGUCACUGGACCCGUCGCACAAAAUAUCCAUCCAGAUAGGUCUGUUUCUGGCGUCUCUUUAAGAUUUGCCUAAAAUGGGACAUGGCAUUGUCAUUGUAAAAGUCACCAGCACAGAUUGCAACAGCUUUCUCAGGGUGAUGUUCCUCCACAAAUGAAUGCACCCUACUCCACAUUGCUCAAAUCUCCUUAAUCUCUGAAGAAGGCACCUUCUUCAAUCUCUCUUCCUCCUCCUCUGAAGCAAUUUCCUGAGCUGUGGUCUGUUGCUGCUGCAGAUGAAGCUCUUGCAGCUUAUCAGUGGUUAGCUCUUGAUUGUGGUCCUCCGCCAACUCUUCCACAUCCUGGCCACUCACAUCCAACACCAUGGAAUUCCCCAAUGCUACAAUUGAUUGCAUAACUGGCAUAGGGUUGUCAGGGUCCAAAAUCUUUGUUGAGGAUACAAUCUGGCAACAAAUUUCUCCAAGCAGAGUUCAUUGCCCUGGAAGUCACUCCUUGCCAAGCCUUAUCUAUAAGGCUUAUGCAUUGGAAGAUAUUGAAGCGAUCCCUCCAGAACUCUCUCAGGGUCAAUUCACAUUCCGAGGUUGUCAGAGCACCUUUGAAACAUUGCUUUGGUGUACAGUUUUUUGAAGUUUGCAAUGAUCUGCUGGUCCAUGGGCUGGAUGAGAGGAGUGGUAUUAGGAGGCAAGAACUUCACUGUUACAAAACUGAAUUCCUUUGACAAUUGGUCUUCCAAGUCUGGAGGAUGAGCAGGAGCAUUGUCCAUUAACAGGAGGCACUGGAGUGGCAAUUUAUUAUCCAGGAGGUAUUUCUUCACACUCAGGCCAAACACUUCAUUGAACCAUUCCAGGAAAAUUUCCCUCGUGACCUAUGCCCUACUGUUAGCCUUCCACAUCACACACAAUUUACUCUUGACGACACUGUUUUUUCUUGAACACACUGGGAUUUUCAGAGUGAUACACCAGUAAAGGCUUCACUUUGAAAUCCCCACUCGCAUUACCACACAACAAGAGAGUUAGACUGUCUUUCAUAGGCUUGUGUCCUGGGUGUGCCUUUUCCUCCUGCGUGAUGUAGGUCCUCUUUGGCAUUUUCUUCCAAAACAGGCCUAUCUCGUCACUAUUGAACACUUGUUGGGGUUGGAAUUUUUCAGCCUCUACAUACUCUCUGAAUUCUCGCAUGAAUUUUUCAGCCGUAUGUUUGUCUGAAGUGGCACCCUCACCAUGCCUUACAAAACUGUGUAUACCACUUCGCUUCUUGAAUUUUUUGAAACAACCUUUGCUGGCCUUAAAUUCACCAACAUCAGCACAUGUUGCAGGCAUUUUCUUUGAGAUCAUCAUGCAACUGCCUUGCCUUUUCACAAAUUAUUGACUGCACAACACUAUCUCCCGCUAACUGUUUCUCUUUGAUCCACACCAACAGCAAUUUCUCCACAUCUUCAAUUGUUUGGGACCUCUGUUUUGUUAUCGCAUUCACCCCUUUCACAACAUCAGCUUCCAUGAUUUCUUUUCUCUUCACUACAAUGGAGCUGAUAGUUGAUGGCCCCUUCCUGUACAUCCUGCCGAGGUCGGCAGUGCGUAUGCCACUAUCAUAUUUUUAAAAGAUUUCUUUUUUCAUUUCUACGGUGUUCCUCACUUUCUUUAUCAAAGGACUGGCACUAGGAGCUUUCUUUGGGACCAUGCUUAUUUAGCAGUCACACACAAUAAACAAGUGCCAAAAAUGUUUCGUAUGACCUCGCAGGAUAUGUUCACUUACCGAGAAACUACACGACACUGCCUGAGAAUGAGUGUGGGAGGUGGCUGUGCGCGCUGGGCACUGGACAGGUUCUAUACCAUCGACAAAAACUGAGGAAUUUGAUGAAAACGGAACCAAUAUUUUGAUGAAAAAACUUGGCAAAAACGGAAGUCAGCGAUAACGGAGAUCGACGAAAAAGGAGGGUCCACUGUAUUAUUAUUAAUUUAGGGAACAUUCUCUAUUAUGUUUUUAUACAAUAUUUCUUAAUUAUAAAUACAUUGUUUGUGUUUUCCUUAUGAAACUAGUGAUCUAGUGCAGUUAGCCUCACAAACACUCCAUUUCCAGAAGGGGAAGCAUGGAAAGAUAUGGUCAGUGUGGGAGCGGCAAUGGCCGCCACCACUAAUCACACAAUGGCAUAUUUUAUUCAUUCUAGAGUAGUAUGUAUCAUGUUUGUUAUUUUUAUUGUUUAUUAUGUCAUAUUAGAUCAAAUGUGAUAGAUAAGUAAGCCGUAGAGUUGAUAUUAGCAUUAUAUUGAAGUAUUCUGUCCUGCUUUCCGAGAGCAGGAAUUCAGCUGGAACGGAUUAAUGGUAUUUCAGUUAAUUUAAACGAGGAAAAUUUAUUUGAUAUAUACGAGCAAACCAAGUUAUGAGCUAGGUCACGGAACAGAUUAAAUUUGUAAGUCGAGGCUCCACCAUACUAGUGUCUAGACACUUCAAAAGCAUAAACCUACCAAGAAAAAAUAAAUUAUUCUAAUGAAAUAUUAUAAUAUACAAUCAGUCCUAUGCUAGGCACAGACACCGUAAGUCUCUAUCAUGCUCGCUGCAGUUUGUUU